AUGGCUUUGUUGACUGUUCCAUUUCUGUCACCGUCUCCGGCAUUGUCAUUUUCAGCUUCCGGCUUCAGCUCUCCGUAUUCCCAUCCUUUUCCUGGGAUUCUCUUGUUUACUUCAAAGAGAAUUAGGAGACCAAUUGCGAAGAAUAAUGUUGCUCCGAUUAUGGCUUCUGCUGAUGCUGCUCAGAGUGACAGACCCACAAAAUUAGUCACGUUUUUGGGCAAAGGAGGUUCCGGCAAAACCACCUCUGCCAUCUUUGCUGCUCAGCAUUAUGCAAUGGAGGGGCUUAAUACGUGCCUUGUGAUACACUCUCAGGACCCUACAGCCGAUUUCUUACUGAAUUGUAAAAUUGGAACGUCUCCUACCAAAUGCAACAACCACCUCUCUGCUGUUAAAUUGGAAACUACUAAAAUGCUUAUUGAACCUCUCCGUCGUAUCAAGGAAGCUGAUGACCGUCUUCAACUGACACAAGGAGCUCUUGAAGUGGUGGUUGCAGAAGAGCUUGGUGUACUUCCCGGAAUGGAUUCUAUAUUUUCUGUCUUGGCACUGGGUAGACUCUUAGGAUUUUUGAGGAAUGAUUCUCAGCAAAACAGUCAGCAGGAGAAAUUUGAUAUUAUCGUACUUGAUGGUAUGAGCUCAGAGGAAAUAGUUCGGAUGAUUGGUGCAACCAGCAAAUCAAGAUUGUAUUUGAAGUAUUUGCGCAGAUUGGCUGAAAAAACAGACAUGGGAAGGUUGGCAGGGCCCUCCCUUCUGAGACUUUUGGACGAAGCUAUGGGUUUUAGUAAUCCAGGGGCAAUUCUUAAUGGUAGCUCACAAAUUUGGGAUCAACUGGAACAGAUAUUAGAGAGAGGAUCUUCUUUCUUUAAUGCAUUGCAAAGCUUUGCCUGUUACCUUGUUGUGGACUCAAACAGGCACCUAUCUCUAGCUUCAGCAUUACGCUACUGGGGAUGUGCAAUUCAAGCUGGUGCCCAGGUCUCCGGAGCUCUCACCUUUGGAACACAAAACACUAAAAUAGAGUUGGCAGAUGUUGCAAAGAACUUCUCACCAUUGCCUUUUGCAUGUAUGCCACAUCUCUCAUUGAGUAGCUAUCCAGACUGGAAUGGUGUUUUGAUGGAUGCCCAAAGUCAAGAUGCACGGAGGAUACUUAGGUUAACAGGCCAUGACUCAUCCAUCUCACCUCCUGUCAAUUUCAAUCCAAGCAAUAAAUCGAUCACACUUUUGAUGCCUGGCUUUGACAAGUCAGAAAUCAAGCUAUAUCAGUUUAGGGGAGGAUCUGAAUUGUUGGUUGAAGCAGGUGAUCAAAGACGAAUCAUCCAUCUGCCUUCUCAGAUCCGGGGGAAAGUUGGGGGCGCCAAAUUCAUUGAUAGAAGUCUAGUAAUCACAAUGCGUUAG